CAAGAUUAGAUGAGCUAAAACCAGAAUCGCACACUCUCCGGAGAUACUUCCGUUGGCUUUUCCUAACCCCUCGUACAUCUCCUCUGGCUCUGCUGCUCCUACCUUGCGCCCCCUCUCCGGUUCUCCGGUCUCCGCCAUCGCCAUGGGGCAGGCCUGGGCGUCUCUCCAAGAAAAGCUCCAAGGACGGCAGUGGAAGGAGAGGCAGGUGCGGAAGAUCACCGACAAGGUGUUCGACCGGCUCACGGAGGACAUCAGCAAGAAGCGCGAGAAGGAUGCCCUCGCCUUCGAAGAAGUCUACAUCGCCGUCCUCUGCGUCUACAAUGACCUCAACAAGUACUUGCCGGGGCCGCACUACGAUCCCCCAUCCAAGGAGAGGCUCAAGGCGCUCAUCGAAGAGUUUGACAUCAACCUGGACGGCCUCCUGGACCGCGAGGAGUUCGCCGAGUUCAUCAGGAAGCUGACAGCCGAGUCGUUGUGCGCGAUCAGCUUCAAGCUGAUCGUCACGCUGGUGGCCGCCCCCGCGCUGGCGCUGGCGACCAAGAGGGCCACCGAGGGCGUCCCCGGCGUCGGCAAGGUCGUGCACAAGGUGCCCAACGCCAUCUACGCCUCCGCCAUCACCCUGGCCGCCGUGCUGGUGCAGAGAUCCGCCGAGGGCGUCGUCGAGUAGAAGAAGAGUUCCGAUCGAGGUUAGCUUGCAAGUGCAAGUUGUAAAUGCAUCCUGCCACUAUGUUUUGGUGGUAGAAUUGCACAGAUUUCCUGAGUGCUUGGUGCUCUUUGGGGUAUUGUUUUGAUGUAAUCUCUUGUGGUUUUGGUGCUACGUGCGGUGUAUCCAUAAAGAACAGAUCGGCUGCUUGCCAUGAUAAGUUCAGGGAAUCGAUACAGUUCGGAGAGUUCAGUACCCGAAUAAAGUCGUAGUCGAGUUGCCACGCUUUUUUA